CUGAGCCUUGAGAGAAGGGAGAACACAAUAUGUCGGAGGAGAACCCCCCAAAACGUCCGAGACAUGUUGCAGAAGUGGAUCCUACCACAAAGAAAAAGCCUACUCGUCGUUCGGCUGAAGGAUUAUUAGCAAAGAAAGAAAGUGACCGACGUUUAAGACAAACACGGGUUUGUCUCGGCGUCGCUUUUGCUCGGUGGAGAGCACUGAAGAAAAAACUUGGGCUGAGAGCAGACAAGGAUGUCGCCUUGCGGCUGUUGGAUCACUUUAAUCAUUUUCAAUACAGUUAUGAAAAGUGCACCCAGGAGUCAAUGUCGUCAAGCCCCAAAAAGGACGGCAGACGACACAUCCAACCACCUCCACCACCAGCGCUUUCCACUUCCACCAAUUGCUCUGAAUCUCAAAGGUAUCAGAAGGUCACGACGAAAACGUCUGAGGAAUGUCCCUUGCCGACCAUUAAAAAUGAGUCAAAUGGCUACGUUUGUGAACUCCAGUUGUCCAUUUUGGGGUGUCUCCCAGCCGACGCUGCCGAGCCAUUAGCAGCGUCCGCAGACUCUGCACUACCCAAGCCUCUUUCAGAGGAAGCCAUAAAGCUAGAACCCAAGGAUGAACACGGCAUUGAUGAGCAGCUUCCGGAACAAAACCAGGAGGCGUGCGGACCUGGCGGCAACUUCAAAUUUCCCACCCAAGAAGCCAUAAAGUCAGAACCCAAGGAUGAACAGAGCAUUGAUGAACAGUUUCCGAAACAAAACCAGGAGCCGUGCGGACCUGAUGACAACUUGGAAUUUCCCACCCAGGAAGCCAUAAAGUCAGAACCCAAGGAUGAACACAGCAUUGAUGAGCAUCUUCGGGGGGAAAAACAGGAGCAAUGUGGACCUGACGACGAUUUGGAAUUGCCCACCCGACAGUCAAAUCGGACGACAGCUGAGGGGAUAAGCGCCGUGAAGGAGUCACCAGUGACGGGUCAUGCAUGUGAUCCCCUCAAGGAUAGACCGGUGGAACGCGACAACGGUCACAAGGAGCCUUACGCUUGUCUGGAAUGUGGCAAGACGUCACAAAACGAAGACUUUUUAAAAACCCACGAGUGCGCCGAAGAAGACUCUUUUGACGAAGACUCUGAUGAUAUGUCUCCUUCUAAUGACAUCACAGAGGAGCAGGACAGCGAUCCAGACUACAUACCAGGUGAUUGUGUUUGGGAUCACAAGAAGCUUCAAAAAUCUUCCAAGCGACAUCCCUCACUGAACCCCAAGGAAGAGACUCUCUCAUUUGACACUCCAAAGUCAUCAAAAUCUGGAGACACAUUAGCUUCUGAGGAAACAAAGUCAAAACCUGGCGAUGAGCACAUUCAGAAUCCGUUGGACAUGGAGUCAAACCAGCAGAGGUGCCGACCCAAGAAGAUCUUCAACUGUCCGACCUGUGGGAGAUUAUUCUCAAGAAAUUGUGCCCUGAGGCGCCAUCUUGUCAUCCACGCAGGGAAAAGACCUUUCAAGUGCUUCAUAUGCGGAAGAGGAUUCACGCAGAGUGGAAACCUCAAAACGCACAUGAAGGUUCACAAAGGAGAGUCAAACUGGAAGUUAGUGAAGGAUAAGAGUCCUACUGAAAAAUCAUCAGUGACAGUUCACGUGUGCGGAGAGUGUGGAAUGGACUUCCCUCUGAAAGAUCAACUGGCGGAACACCGAGACAGUCACAAGAAGCCUUACGCUUGUCCCCACUGCGACAAGUCUUUCAGAACCAAAGACUACUUGGAUAUCCACAGCCGCGUUCACACCAAAUACUCGCCGUUCGCCUGCGCCGAAUGCGGCAAGACUUUCGUCACAUCUUGUAGCCUCAAGCAGCACAAGUUGAUGCACCGCGGUAAAAAGAAUUACCACUGCAAGCAGUGUGGCAAGGCCUUCUUUCAGGCCUCUAAUCUCAAAGAGCACCUCAAGAUUCACAGCGGAGAGCGGCCUCACCUGUGCGCCAUCUGUGGGAAAAGUUAUCCCCGGGCGGACACCCUCAAAGUGCACCUGAGGGUUCACACGGGAGAGAAACCGUACAUGUGCGACGUAUGCGGGAAGUCCUUUUAUUAUUUCCAAGGUUAUCGAGCGCAUAGGAUGAUUCAUGACAAGAAGCCAAAACCACCGACGAAACCUUUGGGGAGACCAAAACAACACAUGAGCGAAUAAUCGAUAUCAUCUGGUGAACAUAACUGUGAUUACUGAACACAUCAUACGACAGCUACGUGAAUGGUUAUCUGAGUAUUACGUUUUGACUAGGGGGGGAGAGAAACAUUUUCUUGUAGUUUACUUUUGAAAACCUGGCGCUUUUUAUCCAUUCCAAUUUGAAGAACACUUUACAUAACUACAGUGACUUUAACAUUCCAUAUGAAAGGAAGGCUUCAUGAAGCUGCAAUGCUUUCUGAGUUAUUAAACGUUGGCUGAACAUCC